AUGGCUGAUGCAGAUGAUUACGAUUACUUAUAUAAAGUAGUUGUGAUUGGUGACACGAAUGUUGGAAAGACUAGUAUUUUGACAAGAUUUUGUUGUAAUUCCUUUACUGAGAAAUUAUCAACUACUAUUGGUGUGGAUUUUCAGGCAAUAUCAGCACCUUAUGGUCAUAGUUCAUUUGUUGUGUUUUUGUAUACGAAUGAGGUGCAAGUGGAGCAAACAAAGGACCUUAAACCCUAUACCAUGUUAAAUCAUUUUAUUAUUUUUUCCAAACAUCUUUUGAAAUUAAACAUACUUCACUUGCUUGUUAAGCAAAUACUGUACCAAUUGGCUAUUUUCCUACCUAAAAAUAAGGGAGAAAGAUUGACUUUAAAACUUAGUUCUAAAAAGUCUAUCAGAUUUCACUCUUUAAAAUCAUAG